AUGGAUUAUGGCCCGUUUGCGAAUGCAUCCCAGUUCCGGGUUGUCGACCAUUUCUACGGGCGUUCAGACACCCACUCUCUAGAUGCCCUCGAUGAUCUCAUCUCGGUCAUACAGCCGUUUUCCGCUCAGGACGGCUGGCAUCAGACAUCUGUGGCGAUCCCGCUCCCGCGCACCUAUGCCAAGUACAAGUCAGAGGCGGGAGCUCCGAAGUUCACUGUCCCUGGAGUCGUUCAUCGCCAUCUUCUUGCUCUCGUCAAACUUGCAGUCCAAGAUCAGAACUCGUACCUCAAAGAUGUUCAUCAUUGGCACGCGCACCGGAAGUUUUGGAUCCCGCCAUCAUCGCUCCCGUCAUCACUUCCGUCACCCGGACCUGGACCCAGCUCAUCAACAUACAACUCUACUGCCUCGCAAACGACUAACCCUUCCCCAAUUCGCGUCUAUACCGACUGCUACAAUUCGAACACUAUGCUGGACAUGGAGGCAGAAAUCCGCCAGAGACCGCGCGUGCCUGGAGAUGCUCUCGACAUGGAGUACGUUGUCCUCCAGCUACUCCUAUGGUCCGAUGCCACGCAACUCUCCAGCUUUGGUUCUGCCGCUCUGUGGCCCAUUUAUCUGUACUUCGGAAACCUUUCAAAGUACUUCCGUGGUCGCCCAACCGAGUUCAUGGCACAUCAUCUGGCUUAUAUCCCUGGGCUCCCAGAUGUCCUAAAAUACUUCUACAUGGCCACCUACGGCAAGUCACCCAGUGCCGACGAGCUCAAGUUCUGCAAGCGGGAGCUUUUCCAGCAAAUCUGGCUCCUCCUCCUAGAUGAAGACUUCAUGCAAGCGUUUGAACACGGUAUCGUGCUGACAUGUGGCGAUGGGGUACUGCGGCGACUUUUUCCGCGGUUCUUCACGUACUCAGCAGAUUAUCCUGAGAAAGUGCUUAUUGCGGCACUACGGCCGCUCGCGCGAUGUCUUUGCCCUCGCUGCCUCACCCCGAAGGACAAAGUUUCCGAGGCUGGCACCAAAUCCGAUGACCGCCGCUGCACACAUACACGCCAAGACACCACAUCACUUCGAGAAGACAUUCAUUGGGCACGGAAGAAUCUUUUCAAGGGUUAUUCUAUUGCAGGGAAACGUGUCAAAUCAUGGCUGGAUGCGGAGUCUUUGACGCCCAUUCAGAGCGCAUUCUCGGUACGAUUUGCGGGCCAUGGCGUAAACUUCUAUGAUAUGCUUGCUCCUGACUUGAUGCACGAGUUUGAGCUCGGCGUCUGGAAAGGAAUCUUUACUCACCUAAUGCGAAUGCUUGCGGAGAAGGGUGGCGGCGCUGUUGAAGAAUUCAAUAGUCGGUAA